AUGUCGAAGAUCUCUGGAUACAAAUAUUAUCACACCCUCGCACGCUUAUCCGAUAAUACUGGUGUGCAGCUAGUUCCGGAUCUUUACCAAGUCUUUCUCCGAGUAGUCUGGAACCAAGGUCAGCAACUGCGUCGUACACUGCCUAGCAUGUCCCAGACCUGGAGUAAAUAUGGCUCCCAACCGCCCGAGUCGAGAUUUAGUAAAUGGCUUGAUCGAUUGUUCGUCAUGGUGGAUGCCAAUUUCCGCCUCAAAAGGUUCAACGUUUCGAGCGAAUGGCAUGACCCUCAGCUGAACAAGGGGUUUUUGUAUUUCAUUGAUGACCAGAUAGUCGAUGCGCAUAUUGCAACGUUUGGAGACAAGAUACCAGAGGAAACUAAUACGUGUAACGAUCAUGAUGCUAUCAAGAUGGCUACCAUGCGGGGAGGCAAAGGGAUGGCUGUGACUGGAGUGGGUGCAGUCGUGCACAUGGACCUACCCACGCUUCUUACAUUGAAAAGCAAUGCUCCUGAGGAGAUCGUCAUCUCCUACAAUAUUGGCUGUCAAUGGGGAAAAAAUCUUUGGAAACGCAUCGGCAUUUACGGUCCGGACCUAACACCGCCUCAGAGACUGGAGUCUGUCAUUAUACUGGUGCCGAAGUUUCACCUCCCGGCACACAUCGUUGCAUGUCAAGAAGAGUUCUCCUUUGCUUUUGAGGUUGAGGUCGGGGAGACUGACGGCGAAGCCCCAGAAUGUACCUGGGCGAUAUCCAACCACAUUGCGAGCAGUACGAAAGAGAUGGGACCUGGAUCGCAUCAGGACACGCUCGAUGAUCAUUGGAGCGAUCACAAUUGGCACAAAAACACGAAUCUAUGUCAGUAUCUCUGGUCUCUUGAUUACAGGGAGAUACUAAUGGCCCCACUAGCGAAGCUACUGCUGCGUAGGAUCAAAGACGCCGUGCCGCAUCGCGAAGAGAAUCGCAUUACAUUUGAGCUACUUUCAGAAACAGUAGUAUCAUCUGGGGAUGAUGGUGAGGCCAGAUUAAAGGAUUGGACCGACAAGGUAGAAGCAUGGGAGAAGCGUCGUGCAAGCGAAGAAAAGAUUCCAAACCCCUAUGUUCCAACGGUCAAACCUUUGACAAUGGCCUCUGUGUGGCUGAGACUAAACAAAGAGGGCCAUGAUGCCGAGUGGGGAGCCUCAUCUGGUAUGCUGAUAUCAGCAAACAAAAUGAUUGCCGAUGGCAUACUGGCUGAGCAGGCUCA